UCUGACAUUAAAAGAUUCAAUGAUUUGCUUGUUGAACUAAAAAAAUUCAAAGAAGGUGAGGAAAUAAUUUGUAGGACUAUAUUAAGUUAGUCUCUUCAAAUUUUACAUUAAGACUAAAUUCUCUUUGCUAUCAUAUUUGAUAAAUAUUUCUUUGAUAUCUUAUAUCUAUUAGGACGAUUUUAAAAAAAAAUAAUUCGAUAUUCCAAUUAAAAUUUAAAAUAAAAAACGUUAUUUCAAAAAAAAUUCUCCCCCCCCCUCUCCAACUCAAAAAAGUACAAUCUUUAAAAAGUUUUGGUAUUCUCUCUAUAGAUAGAAUAAAAUAAAUCUACUACACUAUAUGCUUAAUAAUUUUUUUACUGAUAUAUGACAAAAACUCAUUGUUAUUUUUAUCUGAUGUUAUAUGUUGCAUUAAUUAAUUAUUCUUUGUCCUAAUGCAGAUGUUAUUACAGUGAAAGGAAAUGAAGAUGUCAAGGAAGUUUUGAAAUUACUAGAGAAUCUUACUGGAUUUGUCCAAAGUAUAAAUCGAAACUUUGUAUUUCCUCCGAUAUUUAAAUGGCUAAAAAAUUAGUAACUUUAAAAAUCAAAUAUAACUUCACAAUAAUAGUCAUUAAUUAUUUCUGGUUGUCAAUUCAUGUGUUAGAUAUCAAUUUUAUUUAUAUUCAAUUUUAAUUAUGUACUGAGGUUUCUUAAAAUAUAAUGUUAUGAAAAUAGUAUACAUAAAUGAGAAAUGAAAGGUAUAUUCAAUUUUUUAAAGAUAAUGCAACUUUAUGACAAACAUUUUAAAAAUGUGAUUGGUAAAUUAAAUGAUGCUCUUUAAUGUUUAGUUAUUUGUUUAUUUUAAUACAAAUGAGAAUUAUGAUUAAUUAUAUACAUAUUUAAAAAUACUUCAUUUAAAUUUCGCUCGUUUCCAUUCUUUUAUUUAAAGAAAUUGUGUCGGAAUGGACUACUGUUUAUCAAUCUUCAAAUUUCGAUGACACAAUUAAUAAAGUUACUAUUGUUCUAGAAGGUUUGUAAUUUAUUAAAUUUUUAAAAAUAAUAAAGCAUUUCAAUAAAAAAUAAUAUUUAAUUAAUUGUGUGCCAUUUAUUUCCUAAAUUUCCAAAUAUAAUUAUAUCGAAUAGAUCAAUAAGAAAAAAGUUUAUGUUUUUUUUAUUUAUUGAAAAUUAUCGUUGCGAAAAAUCGUUUUAAAAGUUAUAAAUGUUACGAUAGAAGCCAGGAUAUUUUGCCUUUAUUCCCAAUAUUAUUUAAGAAAAAAUGAUGCAGUAUUGCUGGAGUAAUACUGAAAAGAAUGUGGAAUUAUAUAAAUUUAAAAAGAAUAAGCUAAACUUAUGACAUUUCCUUUCAGUUUUUUACCAAAAAUACAUUGAUUUAAAAGUGAAUGGGCUUAUUUCUUUCAAUUAAUGAAACUUCCUUUUAUAUACUAUAGUUUAUUAAUAUAUCUAACUUACUAAACAAAUGAAAUUUUUUUCAUUGAAAACAACCCUUUUAGUGUUAUUUUUACACAUUAUAAAGAGUAGUUUUUUUUUUAAAAUCAACUUAAAAUUAUGUAUAAAACAUUUUACAAAUAAUAUUUAUGAGCUUCAUUUCAGCUCUCUCUUCUAUCAUUAUGUAGAUUUUAUGCUUUGGGAGAAAUGCUUUUAUAAAAUCUAAUUAACGCCACACGUAUAAUGAUUAAACAAUGUGACAUAUUUUUAAUUAACGCUUUUAAAAAUAAAAAUAAAAUCUUUUUGCAGAAAUAACUAGAGAAAUACAAAGUAGUUCAAGAGAUUUUCAGACAAUAAUCAAAAAAAUAAAUCAAUCAUUUAAUAAACGCAUAGGUAAGGAAGUGAAAUAUAAUCCUUAAAUAUUACUUUUAUUCCUGAAAGCCAGUAAAUAAAUAUAAUAACUUAAAUUUGUUUGUAUCUAUUAGUGUCUGUUACACAUAUCAUAUCAAAAUAUUUAAAUAGCAUUUCUAAAAAAUGUAUAAUUUUUAACUUUGGAUUUAUAUAAGUGUUUGCUUUAAAAGUGAAUAUAUUAAUGUCAUUGUUUAAAUGCAUAUGUCUUGUAUUUUAUGUUAAAAUUUUAAGUAGCAUUAUUUUAGCACAAUUAUUUUAUUGUUUUUAAAUUUAUUUUCGAUAUAGAAAUAAUAAAAAGUGCAAUGGCAACGAGCAAGCAGUU